AGCUAAGCAGCCAGAGAUUCAGGAUCACGAUCCAGCUCUGUCAUCUUCUCGAUCGCGAUCGCAGCCCGAUCAGCCGGUAGCAGCGAGGGCGCGGCGUCGACGGCGAGCGGUAUGGACGCGCCCGCCAUGGUCACGCGCAAGCACGUCCCCGAGGACGUCGGCCUCCGCAACGCCGGGGAGGGCGAGGCGGCGGCCGGGGGCCAGGGGCAGCUGCACCGCGAGGAGAAGCAGCACAAGCCGGUGCUGAAGAAGGUCAAGGAGAAGGUGAAGAAGAUCAAGCACACGCUCGCCGGCCACGGGCACGGCGGGGAGCACGGCGGCGACGAGCGCGGCCCGGGGGACGCCGCCGCCGGCAGUACCAGCAGCGAGGAAGCGGAGGAGGACGCGGCGGAGAGGGAGGCCGCGCUGGAGAAGGGCGGGUACAUGGAGGACGUCGAGGACAAGCCCGUCGUCGCGGAGUCCGACCCCGAGGUCCACGGCGCGCCGAUGUACGAGUCGGCGCGGGCACCGGCCGUGCAGGACCUCGUCGCGAAGUACGACCCGGCGCGGAAACCCGCCGGGCAGGAGUUGGAGGGCCAAGGCGCACCCGCGGUGCGGCUCGGCGACCUCGGCGCCCCCCUCGUCGAGGAUCCGGCAGCGCCGCGCUCCACGACGCCCGCGGCUAGAGAGGGCGAGGACAUCGGCACGACGCCCGUCGUGCAGCAGUUCGAGACCAUGAACCUGUCCGGCGACCCGGCGCACGUGGGCGCGGGGAAGAAGGACGCCAAAGCGGAGUGGAAGGACACGGCCGCGGACAAGAUGGGUGGCGCGAGCUACACGGACAAGCUCAAGAGCGCGGCCGCGGGCACCACGGAGUACGGCAAGAAGCUGGCGAGCACGGUGUACGAGAAGGUUGCCGGCGCCGGCACGGCCGUUGGCGCGGGGAAGCGCGACGGCGAACGCACAGAGGCGGCGCUGGCGCCGGCGCCGAACGCCGGCACGGAGGAGCGGGGAGACGCCCCCGCAGCCACGGAGGCGACGAACGGCUCGACCGGCGGCGCGGGCUACACGGACAAGAUCAAGUCGGCGGCCUCGGGCACCACCGAGUACGGCAAGCAGCUGGCGUCCACCGUGUACGAGAAGGUCGCCGGCGUCGGCACCGCCGUCGCGCCCAACCUCCGUCCGCAGGUGGGCGCGGGGAAGCCGGAGGACGCACGCAGCGAGGCAAUGCCGGUGUCGGACACCGGCGCCGAGGCUGAGGAGUGGACAGAGGCGCCCGCCCCCGCGGCCACGGACGCGACCGGUAACAGCGCGUCGGGCCCGGGCUACGCGGACAAGAUCAAGUCCGCGGCCGCCGGCACCACGGAGUACGGCAAGCAGCUGGCGAGCACAGUGUACGAGAAGGUCGCGGGCGUCGGCACCGCCGUAGUGGGCAAGGUCCAGCAGGCCACGCCCGGGGUCGGGGCGCGGCAGCAGGACACUAGCGCCGCGGCGGCGGCGCCCGGCGGCGCCGGCGGGCAGGACAAGGGGGUGACCAUGACGGGGUACAUCGCCGAGAAGCUGCGGCCGGGCGACGAGGACCGCGCGCUCAGCGAGGCGAUCUCCGGCGCCGUGCAGCGGCGCAAGGAGGACGUCGGCGGCACGUUGGCGCAGCGCGUGCCGGCGCCCGGGCAGGUGGUGGCCAAGGCGCGCGAGGCCGUCACGUCGCUCACCGGCGGGAACCGCGUCUCCGAGACCGUGCAGCCAAGCACAGCCACAGGGGAGGAGGUGAAGGAAGGCUACGCGGCGGAAGCGCCGGUGAUCCACGGCGAGGAGGUCGGCGGCGCGAGGCUGAACACGAACACAAUGUGAAGUGCGUCGUCGCGAGAGGACGGAUGCUCUGUGUGAUUUUGUGAAUGUGUCGAUACGUGUGUGAUGGUGAUUAUGUUCCGUGGAGUCUCGUCUGACGUCUGGAAUAAGCGCACUGGUUUGGUGCGCCGUGCACCGGUGUGGGCUCUUUACUUCUGAGUGUAAUUUUGGGCUUGGUCUUGACUCUGUUUAUGUGAUAAUGGUCUCGUGUAAGUAUGCAUACGCGUGCCUGUAAUCUGUCCGAAUGUCUGUUCAAAGUUGUUCAGUUCCUUUGCUCU